AAUUAUAAAUACGAUACAUAGCAUGGGAGUGAAGAUUGACGGUUGCCUAUCAUUUAUAGACAUGUUAACACCCUUAGUGGCGCUCAUUUGUGAAUCAUUAGAAUUAAGAGGUCUGAGUUACAAAUCAGCGAUAAUAGCGAACUCGAAAUCACAAACACAGAAUGUGCUGAGCAUGAACAAAAAUGAAAAUGAUGCUUUAAAUACUGGGGUAUUUUCUUCACAAGCAGUUCAUCUAAAAAGUGAUUCGGACUGUGAAAUGUUACCGGAAAGUUUUAAGUUUCCGGCGAUUCUCAAACUAGACAAUUGUGCAGGAGGUGUCGGGGCUUGCAUGGUCAAAAGCAAAGAAGAAAUGAAGAAACAAUUUCAACAAAUAACACGUUCUCUAUGCUCAGAUUCGGCCUACCCCGGGAUUGGACUCAGUCGCGGCAAUUCAAUGACAACCUUUGAAUUUCACUCUGGUACAGAACAUAAUGUUGAUGUCAUUUUAUAUGACAAAACUCUUGUAUGGGCAUCUAUAACUGAUAGCGGGGUAGUGAGACAGCCCUAUUAUAUAGGUACUGCUAAACGUCUACCUUCAUUUCUACCAGACGAGAGCCGUAAAAAGCUAAUAGACGCUGCCUUCAAAUGUUGCUUAGGGAUAGGUCUAACGGAUGGAACGUUCAAUGUUGAGUUUAUAAUGACAGCAAACGGGCCAAAACUUGUAGAAAUCAAUCCAAGAAUGUGUGGCUACGUCUUCAGGGAGUGGAUAAUGAAAUUGUACGGACUUGAUAUGAUGUUAUAUACAAUGAUGAUCUCUUGUGGUAUAAAACCUGAAAUACCAAACAGUUCAACAGACACAAUACAGAUGGGCGUGAUGGUGAUUCCAUCUUUACAUGGAAAACUUCUUACAGAUGAUUAUUACAAAAAUAAAUUGAGUGAGAUGAUUGAUCGUUGCAAAGUCUUUUUUCUACAGUUUGAAAGUUUAGAGCAUCCUCCCACUUACGAGGAACCUAGUUUAGGGCAUCUGGCCACUUUCGAGGAACCGUUUGGAAAUGUUUCUGUGUCUGGAACAAAUCCGGUGGAGGUAAAGAGAAAGUUGAUGGAUAUAUGUAGAGCGCUCGACAUUGACCAAAACGAUUACCAAGUUGACACUUUUAUAAGAAACUUCUGAGUGUCACACUAGAUUAUGGACAGAGUUGUCUUCCUAUGUCAAUUGAGGGGUAGAACGAGCAUAAAUAUAAUCAAAUAUGUAAACAAUUUAUAUGUCUAUUAACUUAAAUAUCGAAGACAUUUAAAUACCGGUUACAAACAUAAAAUAAAAUG